CAGAGCGCCCUGACCGGGAUGGCGGCCGUUUUGGAGUCGCUGCUGCGAGAGGAGCUGUCGGUCGCAGCCGCUGUGCGGUGGAUCGCGCGCAGCGCCCAGAGUUCGGAGGAUGACCCCGGGGAGGCGGCCGCGCUGAGCUCACUUCGGCCACUGCGGAAGGAAUUCGUGCCAUUCCUGCUGAACUUCCUGAGGGAACAGAGCAGCCGCGUCCUCCCACAGGGCCCCCCAACCCCCGCCAAGGCCCCGGGCUCCUCGACAGCCUUGCCAGGGAGAUCCGGGGGCCCGCCGCGGGGCGGCCGCGGAGCGCGCAACCAGCUCUUCCCUCCGAUCGAGGCUCCGAGCGCCACCGCCGCUGACGCCCCUUCGGCCCGCCGUGGGGGCAGGAGGCGGGGCCCGGGGCCGGCCCGCGAACGAGGAGGCCGCGGCCCCGGGGGCCUGGAGGAGGGGGUCAGCGGGGAGUGCCUGCCCUGGGCCGGGGGCCGAAGGCCCAGAAGCUCUGGCAGCCCCAGCAGCCCCAGCCUCGCUCGCUCUGAUCCGCCAAACCUCAGCAACCUGGAGGAGUUCCCUCCCGUGGGCUCCGUUCCCCCCGGCUCUGCAGGGACCAAGCCUUCCCGCAGGAUCAACCCAACUCCAGUGAGUGAAGAGCGAUCACUUUCCAAGCCCAAGACUUGCUUCACCUCACCCCCAAUCAGCUGUGUUCCCAGUUCCCAACCCUCAGUCUUAGACACUAGCUCUUGGGGCCAUGGGCUUCCUUCAGGGUGCAGAAGUCUACAAGAGGAGCGGGAGAUGCUCAGGAAGGAGCGCUCUAAGCAGCUGCAGCAGUCACCUACUCCUGCCUGUCCCACCCUAGAAUCAGGGUCUCCUCACCCCAGCCGGACAGGACACCUCACAGCUGAACCCGCUGACCCUGCCAGAGUAUCUUCCCGCCAGCGUCUGGAGCUGGUUGCCCUUGUCUACUCUUCAUGCAUUGCAGAGAACCUGGUACCAAACCUCUUCUUGGAGCUUUUCUUCGUCCUUCAGCUCCUUACUGCCCGGAGGAUGGUGGCUGCCAAACACAGUGACCUUGAACCAACUCCAGGAGCUGUAGAUUCCCUGGAAAGCCCUCUGUUCCAGAGUGUCCAUGAUUGUGUCUUCUUUGCAGUGCAGGUUUUGGAACAUCAAUUUCACGUUCUUUCCCACCUGGACAAAGGGACAUUGAAGCUGUUGACUGAGAACGAGCGGUUACUGUGUUUCUCACCGGCUCUGCAAGGCCGCCUCCGAGCUGCCUAUGAGGGCAGUGUUGCCAAGGUCUCUCUGGCGAUGCCACCUUCUGCUCAAGCUGUCUCCUUUCAGCCAGAAACUGACAAUCGCGCUAACUUCUCCAGUGACCGAGCCUUUCAUACUUUCAAAAAACAGAGGGAUGUGUUUUACGAGGUACUUCGAGAGUGGGAAGACCGCCAUGAGGAGCCUGGCUGGGAUUUUGAGAAGGGCUUGGGCAGCAGGAUCAGAGCCAUGAUGGGUCAACUGUCUGCGGCCUGCAGCCACAGCCAUUUUGUUCGACUUUUCCAAAAACAACUUCUCCAGAUGUGUCAGAGUCCUGGUGGUGCUGGGGGCACUGUCUUGGGUGAGGCUCCGGAUGUGUUAAAUAUGCUUGGAGCUGACAAGCUGGGGCGGCUGCGGCGCCUACAGGAACGGCUUGUGGCCCCUCAGAGCAGUGGGGGCCCCUGCCCACCCCCUACCUUCCCAGGCUGUCAGGGCUUCUUCAGGGACUUCAUCUUGAGUGCCAGCAGCUUCCAGUUUAAUCAGCAUCUCAUGGAUAGUCUGAGUUUGAAGAUCCGAGAACUCAACAGCCUUGCCCUUCCUCAGCCUGAGCCUAGUGAUGAGGACGGGGAGUCAGACGUGGACUGGCAGGGUGAACGGAGGCAGUUUGCUAUGGUGCUGCUCAGCCUAAGGCUUCUGGCCAAAUUCUUGGGCUUUGUCGCUUUCCUGCCAUACCGGGGACCUGAACCACCCCCGACCCGUGAGCUCCAGGACUCCAUUCUGUCCCUGAGGAGCCAGGUGCCCCCAGUCCUGGAUGUGCGAGCUCUGCUGCAGCAGGGGCUGCGGACGCGCCGCGCGGUCCUCACGGUGCCCUGGCUGGUGGAGUUCCUCUCUCUGGCUGACCACAUCGUCCCCAUGCUGGACUACUACCGCAGCGUCUUCACUCUCCUGCUGCACCUGCAUCGGAGCUUGGUCUUGUCAAAGGAAAGUGAAGGGGAGAUGUGUUUCCUGAACAAGCUGUUGCUGCUUGCUGUCCUAGGCUGGCUUUUCCAGAUUCCCACAGUCCCUGAGGACCUAUUCUUUCUGGAAGAGGGUCAGUUGGAUGUAUUUGAGGUGGACACAGUAGCUUCAGAGCAUGGCUUGGACAGCAUGCCUGUGGUGGACCAGCACCUGCUCUACACUUGCUGCCCCUAUAUUGGAGAGCUCCGCAAACUGCUCGCUUCAUGGGUGUCGGGCAGCAGUGGACGGAGUGGGGGCUUCGUCAGGAAAAUCACCCCCACCACCACCACGGGCCUGGGAGCCCAGCCUCCCCAGACCACACAGGGGCUGCAGGCACAGCUGGCUCAAGCCUUUUUCCACAACCAGCCGCCCUCCCUGCGCAGGACCGUGGAGUUUGUGGCAGAGAGAAUUGGCUCUAACUGUGUCAAGCAUAUCAAGGCCACGCUGGUGGCAGAGCUGGUGCGCCAGGCAGAGUCGCUUCUUCAAGAGCAGCUGGUGACGCAGGGACAAGAAGGGGGCGAUCCAGCCCAGCUGUUGGAGAUCUUGUGUUCCCAGUUGUGCCCUCACGGGGCCGAGGCAUUGACCCAGGGGCGGGAGUUCUGCCAAAAGAAGAGCCCAGGUGCUGUGAGGGCACUGCUUCCUGAGGAGACCCCGGCAGCCGUUCUGAGCAGUGCAGAGAACAUUGCUGUGGGCCUUGCAACAGAGAAAGCCUGUGCAUGGUUGUCAGCCAACAUCACAGCACUGAUCAGAAGGGAGGUGAAAGCGGCCGUGAGUCGCACGCUUCGAGCCCAGGGUCCUGAGCCAGCUGCCCGGGGGGAGCGGAGGGGCUGCUCCCGUGCCUGUGAGCACCAUGCUCCCCUCCCCUCCCACCUCAUCUCCGAGAUAAAAGAUGUGCUCUCCCUGGCUGUGGGGCCCCGGGACCCUGAGGAGGGAGUUGCCCCCGAGUAUCUGGAGCAGCUGCUGGGCCAACUGGGCCAGAUGCUGCGGUGCCGCCAGUUCCUGUGCCCACCGGCUGAGCAGCAUCUGGCAAAGUGCUCUGUGGAGUUAGCGUCCCUCCUUGUUGCAGAUCAAAUUCCCAUCCUGGGGCCUCCAGCACAGCACCAGCUGGAGAGGGGACAGGCUCGGAGGCUCCUGCUCAUGCUGCUCUCCCUGUGGAAGGAUGACUUUCAGGUGCCAGUUCCACUGCAGCUACUGCUGAGGCCAAGAAACGUGGGGCUUCUGGCAGACACCCGGCCGAGGGAGUGGGACCUGCUGCUCUUCUUGCUCCGGGAGCUGGUAGAGAAAGGUCUGAUGAGACGGAUGGAGAUAGAGGCUUGCCUAGGCAGCCUCCAUGAGACCCAGUGGCCAGGGGAUUUCUCUGAAGAAUUAGCAACACUGUUCAACCUGUUUUUAGCUGAGCCCCAUGUGCCAGAACCCCAGCUAAGAGCUUGUGAACUGGUACAGCCAAACCGGGGGACUGUGCUGGCCCAGAGCUAGGGCUGGAAAGGGUCCCUACUUUAGGCAUCUCACCGGAGCGCUGGAACCCAGCCUGACUGUGCCUCAGGAGGCCCCAGAGCCACCCCAAGUGCCCACUGUGACCCGUGCUGCUGUGAAGUAGCUCCGUCUGUCAUCAGGCUUCCUGCUCACAUAUGAAGGAAGUGUGUGGCUGCCUGGCAUCCCACGGACGGCAGGCUCACCAUCCCAAGUCCGAGAGGAAGAAGGAGGGGUCCCUGGAUUCAGGAUUAUGGUGGAAAAACCUAGAGACUCCAGUCCCGGAGAAGAAGAGUUGGCUUUACUACUUGGAUACUAAGUGAAAUGACCUGUGGGGACUUGUUGACACAAGAUUCGAGCCCCACUUGCUGCUACCCCAGUAUCUCUUAAAGCUUUGUGGUUUGGAAAAUCAUGACAAAGGCAACUGACUUCUACUUAACUUGUGAGUAAAGUUAAACAUGAAUCUUGGGAGUCUACAUUUUCUUACCACCAGGAGCUGGACUGCCAUCUCCUUAAAAAUGUACAACAGAUGUGGGGCUCGCCCGAUAGAAACCUGCCUUUUACCUUGCACCCUGCCUGCCUUCAGUCCCGUGCAGGUAGUAACUUUUGACUCUAGCUCCAUCCAGGGGCCAAGCGCGGGCAGAACACUAGAGCUUUUUAAAAUAAACUGUUUUCUUUACAA